CGUUGAACCGAGCGCAGUUUAGAGAGCUGCGGUGGUUCUCACCUGCACGCCACAUAAGCACGAGCCCGCUUCCUGCAGCACUGCCACGUCACUUACACACACAGUCGUGGCGAACAUCCCAGUGAUACUUGCUCGCGCUCACUGUCCAACAAAACCGGCGAAAUAAUAAAACGGACAGAAUUCUCACCGGUGACACGGAGCGGGGAACAUGGGGGGAUCGCAAAGCGUGGAAAUUCCCGGAGGCGGCUCGGAGGGCUAUCAUGUUCUCAGAGUGCAGGAGAAUUCACCUGGACACAGAGCAGGUCUAGAGCCUUUCUUUGACUUCAUUGUGUCAAUCAACAACACCAGACUGAACAAGGAUAAUGACACGUUAAAAGACGUACUGAAGGCAAGUGUCGAGAAGCCGGUGAAGAUGCUGGUGUACAGCAGCAAGACUCUGGAGCUGCGGGAAGCCACCGUUACCCCUAGCAACAUGUGGGGUGGGCAAGGACUUCUUGGGGUUAGCAUCCGCUUUUGCAGCUUCGAGGGAGCCAAUGAAAACGUCUGGCAUGUUUUGGAAGUGGAGCCAAAUUCUCCGGCAGCAUUGGCGGGUUUAAGACCUCACACCGACUAUAUCAUCGGAGCAGACACUGUUAUGAAUGAGUCAGAAGAUUUAUUCUCAUUGAUAGAAACUCACGAGGGCAAAGGACUGAAGCUUUACGUCUACAACACAGACACAGAUAACUGCAGGGAAGUGGUCAUCACUCCCAAUAGUGCCUGGGGUGGAGAGGGCAGUCUCGGCUGCGGUAUUGGAUACGGUUACCUGCACAGAAUCCCGACUCGGCCCUUUGAAGAGGGAAAGAAAAUAAGCUUUCCUGGACACACUCACAGUGAGCCUGCCAGCCCAUUGAAGGAUGGUUUUACAGAGGUUCAGCUGUCUGCGGUAACUCCGCCCCCUGUGCCACACCCCAACCCCACAGGGCUUGAGGAUAGUUUAUCUGGCCUGUCACUCAGCUCUGCCCCGCCUCACAUGCCAAGUGAACUCCACACAGGUGUUCCCACAGUCCCCCUACUGCCUACUCAGAUGAGCCCAGGGUUGGGUUCUCUUCCUUCUGUUAACCCCUCCACCACCCUACCAGGUUUGAUGCCAUUACCGUCCGGCCUUCCUCCCUUCCCAAACCUCGCCAACCUCCCGAACUUCAAUCUACCAUUACCUGACCUUAGCACAGUAGCGUUAGCUGGAAUCAGUGGGUUACCUCCUCCUACAGCAGGUUUACCACCUCUCCCUCCUCUGAACCUGCCUGGCAUCUCCCCUUUGCCCAUGCCCACCGUUCUCCCCACCACGUUGCCCAGCAUGCCAGGGGUCGCGCUGCCAUCAACCCUUGCCCCCUCUGACUUCGUACCUCGCACCGCCUUAUCGACCGAGCAGACUCAAGCACUGACACUGGAUGCCACGCCCACCCCUGCAGUCAAAGACACGCCCACAGCGAUGCCUGUCGCCAAGGAGACCGUCCCACAGGAAACAACGGUUGCACAUGCUGCGCUACAGUCCUCGUAACAAUCGUGCCGGGGUAUCUCUAAUGUAUUUAUUCAGUACAAAAGAUUCCAGUGUGCAAACACGCACAGUUCUGGUGAGAGACACCAGAGGGUAUGAAGCGAUGGACAGACGUUUAUUAAACCGUAAAUAAUACGAAGAGAGCAGGUGUGACACUAGGAAACGGAGCGCAUGCAUGUCCAGUGUGGUCUCUCCUCAGACGCUGUGCUUUCUUAUGCUUUUUCUUUCUGUAUAUCCUGUAAUCAACUUUCAGAUGUUAGUAUAGCAUUCCUUGUAAUUACCAAUUGCUAUGUGAUUUUACUAUGUCAUGACUUCUUUCUUUGCACAUUUAUUUCAAUCGCUCUUUUUCAUGGCGCUCUCGGACCGGGCCUCUGUUUCGCUCACACACUUAGUAAAAUAGAUCCACUGUAUAGAUGGAUGGAAACACAUAAAUGAGCUGCAGGGCUAAAUGUGCUUGUGCAGUUUGGAGAUUGUGAAGGAAUCUUAUUCGAAAGCACACAGGCAAUAAACUACCAAGUUUUA